GCGCGCCGCGGAGUCCUGCAGCUGGACGCACGGCCACGUUGGCCCGGAUCUCUGCCACCGGGCGCGCCCAAGCCGCAGUGCCUGCAGGUUGCGUCGACAAAGUGCACGCAAAGUGUUCGCGGGAUCAUCUGACAUUUCAAGUACUAAUCGAUCUCAGAUUGUGCUUCUUUUGCGAUGGCGAGGAGAUCUAGCAGGAAGAGAAAUGUGCAGACUGUUCUCACCGACCUCCCUGACGCACUCAUCGUCGAGAUCCUGUCACGGCUGCCACUUAAGUCGCUUUGCUGCUGCAAGUGUGUCGACACGCACUGGUACGACCUCAUCUCCCACCCUGAACACAUCAAGAAGCUCCCACAGACCCUCGCCGGCUUCUUCUUUGACACCGAAGACAUAGGACGCUGUCCCAAAGUAGCUCGGCACUUUGCCAAUAUCGGUGAAGGACCUCAGAUUGAUCCCAGUUUCCCCUUCUUGCCGCCUGAGUUUGAGCUCGUCAGGCUGGAGGACUGUUGUGAUGGCCUUCUCUUGUGCUGCUCUUCUCAGCGUCCGUUCCGCCAUUUAGUUUGCAAUCCUGCCACAGAGAGAUGGGUCGUGUUACCAACGUUGCCAGCUGACUCCAGUUGUGUAGCUCAGGAAGAAACCUUUCAUUUGGCUUUUGAUCGUGAUGUUUCCUCCCAUUUCCAUGUGUUUCAGAUUAUGUUGAAAGAGUGCCUGAAUGUGACAGGCAUAAAUAUAUACUCGUCGGAAACUGGGUCAUGGAGCUUCAAAGAAAGUGGGUGGGAAUCUGAUACCAGUAUUUGCCACAACAGACAUUUGUUUCAUCAAGGCAUGCUGCACUUUGUUAGUUUUGAGUCUACAGUAGUGUCGGUAGACUUGGAGGGGAAGAAAUGGAGGGCAAUUCCAGUGCCAGAAGGAGUGCAAAGGUCCGAGCUUGGUAUUCUUGGUCGGUCCCAGGGGCACUUGCAUUACAUGCUGCACACAGAUAAUCGUUUUACAGUUUCCAUCUGGUGUCUUCAGAACUAUGAUUCAGAUGAAUGGAUGCUGAAGCACCAUUUGAACAAUAACAAGUUGCUGAACAGUACAGGUACAGUCUAUGGCUAUGAAUUCAGUGCCAUCUCAUGUCAUCCAGAUCGUAGUUUGAUUUGCUAUGCUAAUCUUCGCGACAACACAAUGAUGGCGUAUGACAGUGCUCGCGAGGAGGCUCGUGUUCUCAUCAGUUUUGGGCGAGGCGAUUUGAUAUCAUGUUUUCCCUAUGUUCCGCUGUUCAGCGAUUCGAGUGUUCCCCUGAGUAGUUAGUUGCUCCUCGGUCUUGUGAACAAACGAUUUGCAGCCGUGUAAUGCUUCAAGUGCUAGCUGUGUAAUGGGAUUGAGACAGACUCCCCAGUGACGAGCUCUACUUGUUUGCAACCAUGUUAAGUCAGAACUUCUAUGUACUUUAUACUAUGUAGUUUUGUUUACUGUUGCAUGCAUGUAGCUGAUAUAUGCACGCUGCAGAGUUGCUUAUCUUUGCGACAUGAGUAUGGAUGGAUGCAUAUGUAUUGUAUAGAUGGAUGCAGGUCGUGACCAUUUUGGCCAGCCUUUUUUA